AUGACGUCAUCCAGGAGCGGGGCCGUGACGCGUGUGAUCCGGAGCGCUCGCGCCGUCGGGACUCCCGUAUGAUGAAGCGCAGCGGAGCGCGUCCCGGUAAACAUGGAGCGUUUCUCGUAUUCUCGCUGAUCCGUCAGGGGAAAAAACAACGCGAACGGAAGGAAUAAACUUUCGGGAUCGUUCGUUCUGACGCGGUAAAAAAGUCUCAUGCUGUUAUGACCGUGGCGGCUCAUGAGCGUGUUUGAAAUUCUGGAGAUGGAUGGAAGAGACUCGGCGGUUGUGACUGUGAGGAGCAGAUUACCCAAAGAUCCAGGGGCAGUGGGUGGAGUCAGUGAGUGUAUGGCGAGUGAAGACUCCUCCCCCUGCAUUAGCCAGGGGGAGGGACCAGAUUACGAGCAACUUGAGGAUGUGCUUUGUGAGCUUGGAGCGGGGGCGGAGCUUAACCUGGAGCUGGAUGUGAGGGUGGAGCCUCAGAAAGCCGAGAUUCUGCAGGGGGAGGAGCUUAGCUGGGAGACGAACCGACAGGAGGCGAACGAACUGGAAGAGCACAGCAACACGAGCCGCAGUACAGCCAGUCCUGAACCUACAGCAGCCUCCACAGAUCUCUGCAAAGCGUCGCCUCUGUCAGAGCAGCUCCUGCAGGGCCGUGAGGAGGGGGCGGGGCUAAACAUGGAGUGUCGUAUCUGUGGAGACAGAGCGUCGGGAUUCCACUACGGCGUUCAUGCCUGUGAGGGCUGCAAGGGAUUCUUCCGGAGGACCAUUCGAAUGAAGUUGGAAUAUGAGAAAUGUGACCGCAGCUGUAAGAUCCAAAAGAAAAGUCGGAAUAAAUGCCAGUUCUGUCGAUUUCAGAAGUGCCUGAUGCUCGGGAUGUCCCAUGACGCGAUCCGAUACGGACGGAUGCCGGAGGCAGAGAAGCGUAAGCUAGUCGCGGGUCUGUUAGCGGGGGAAAAGAGCUCUCAGACCUCCAGCGGUUCAGAUCUGAAGUCUCUCGCCAAACGGGUCAACAACGCCUACCUGAAGAAUCUGAACAUGACCAAGAAGAAAGCUCGCAACAUCCUGACGGGGAAGACCAACGCAAGCCCGCCAUUUGUCAUUCAUGACAUGGACUCGCUGUGGCAGGCGGAAAACGGACUGGUCUGGAAUCAGGUGAUUAACGGAGCUCCGCCCAAUAAGGAGAUUGGCGUGCAUGUGUUUUACCGCUGUCAAUGUACAACCGUGGAAACCGUACGAGAACUCACAGAGUUUGCCAAAAGCAUCCCGGGAUUCAUUGACCUUUUCUUGAAUGACCAGGUGACGCUGUUGAAAUACGGUGUCCACGAGGCGAUCUUCGCCAUGCUGCCAUCGCUCAUGAAUAAGGACGGGCUGUUGGUGGCGAAUGGGCGGGGCUUCGUGACGAGAGAGUUCCUCCGCAGUCUUCGCAAACCCUUCAGCGAGAUCAUGGAGCCGAAGUUUGAGUUUGCGGUGAAGUUUAACGCUCUCGAGCUGGACGACAGCGACCUCGCCCUGUUCGUGGCUGCCAUUAUCCUGUGUGGAGAUCGUCCAGGACUCAUGAACGUCCACCAGGUGGAGGAGAUCCAGGACAGCAUCCUCCAGGCCCUCAAUCAGCACUUGCAGCUCAAUCAUCCCGACGCCGGCUUUAUCUUCCCCAAACUGCUGCAGAAGCUCGCAGACCUGCGGCAGCUGGUGACGGAGAACGCGCAGCUGGUGCAGAAGAUCAAGAAGACUGAGUCGGAGACGUCGCUGCACCCGCUGCUACAGGAGAUCUACAGGGACAUGUACUGACCCAAACCAUUCCAGGCACGCGGACCAAUCACUGUGACCUACUGCUAUUUUUAUUAAACAUUUUGGAUUUUAUGCGACUGGAUGAUUUGUUACUGAUGAAAUGCGAACUGAACUCUGAACCAGACCGGCCAAUGAGAUUGUGCAGGUCGAAGAGACGCAAUAAAGACCCUCAUUUGCUGCUCAAAUCUGCCUCA